AUGUCGUCACAAACCAGCGUCAAACCCCCAAAAGCGACCAUUUCAGAAGAUGAUCUGGCAAACUUGGCCGCUGGAUCUUGUAUACCGAUAGCAAUCGUGGGAAUCGGCUUCCGGGGACCAGGGGAUGCCAAAAAUGUCGAGAGGCUGUGGGAAAUGAUUCUCACGGGUAAAGAGGCAUGGAGCCCAAUUCCAGCUAGAAGGUGGAACAGUGCAGCAUUCUAUCACCCAGAUCAUGCUCGCCAUGGAACCAUCAAUGUAGAAGGUGGCCAUUUUCUGGAAGAGGAUGUAUCGGUGUUUGACGCGCCGUUCUUCAACAUGACAAGUGACGAGGCAGCGAUAGCUGGCAUUCCUCUGACCAACAUCAUGGGCACAAAGACGUCCUGUUUUGUGGGGUCUUUCUCUGCAGACUAUACGGAUCUCCUACUUCGGGAUCCCGAGUGUGUGCCCAUGUAUCAGUGCACAAACGCCGGACAAUCGCGUGCAAUGACGGCAAACAGGCUGUCUUAUUUCUUUGACUUGAAAGGGCCCAGCGUUACGGUAGACACAGCCUGUUCGGGAAGUCUUGUAGCACUUCAUUUGGCAUGUCAAAGCCUCCAGACAGGGGACGCAUCGACAGCGAUUGCAGCGGGAGUCAAUUUGGUAUUGAGUCACGAGUUUAUGUCGACGAUGAGCAUGAUGAAGUUUCUCUCCUCAGAUGGGAGAUGCCAUACCUUUGAUGAAAAGGCGAAUGGGUACGCGCGAGGCGAGGCAGCUGGCUGUCUCAUCCUUAAACCCUUAGCCAAGGCGUUACACGACCACGACAAGAUUCGGGCCGUGAUACGAGGCACGGGUUCCAACCAAGACGGGCGCACUGCAGGGAUAACACUACCCAACGGAGCAGCCCAAGAAAGUCUGAUCCGAAGUGUGUAUGCACGGGCUGAUCUGGAUCCCUCGAAAACCGAUUUUGUCGAAGCUCAUGGGACAGGCACACUGGCCGGAGACCCAGUUGAGACAGGGGCGAUCGCUCGUGUCUUUGGAAUUGGUCGUCCACCUGACAACCCUGUGCGGAUUGGCUCCAUCAAAACCAAUGUCGGCCACUUGGAAGGUGCAAGUGGAGUAGCAGGUGUGAUCAAGGCAGUGCUGAUGUUGGAAAGCCGCAUGUUUUUGCCAAACAGGAAUUUUGAGAAAAUUAACCCGCGCAUUCCACUCGAUGAUUGGAAACUCAAGGUUCAAUUGCACCCUGAGCCAUGGGAGACCACAGGGCCUCGUCGCGUUUCUGUGAAUAGUUUUGGAUACGGUGGAAGCAAUGCCCAUGUCAUUGUCGAAGAUGCCCAAGGCUAUCUAUCUAAUUGGGGAUUUGACGAACAUCACACAAUCAUAUCAGCUACGACCAACAACCACGCAGAGACCGUUCUUAGUUCGCCGCUUGCUUUAUCUCGCAUAUUCAUGGUCUCCGGGUUCGAUGAAAGAACUUGUGCACAACAGAUGGAGGCUCUGAGCAAUCAUAUUAUCGAUACGGGACACAAAGUUGACCAAGAGAAGUUUCUGGACGACCUUGCAUUCACAAUCAAUGAGCGGCGCUCUAUCUUUCCAUGGAAGGCAGCCGUUGUCGGAGACACGGUUGCAGGUUUGGCAACCUCGCUCUCCCAGAAUGUCAAGGCUAGGAGCGCUGUUCGGAAGCCAAGGCUUGGUUUUGUCUUUACUGGGCAAGGCGCACAGUGGGCCGGUAUGGGAAGGGAAUUGCUUCAGGCCUAUCCUAUCUUCAAAAUGUCAAUUUUGGCGAUCGACAAGUUUCUGAUUGACAUCGGAGCUCCUUUCACAGUGGAAGUGUGUACGGCCUUGCAGAUAGCGCUGGUCGACUUGCUAAAAUCAUGGAAUAUACACCCAGACUCCGUGACUGGACAUUCCAGCGGGGAGAUUGCCGCGGCAUACGCUACUGGUGCACUCGGCAUGUAUGAUGCAAUGUCGGUGGCAUAUUACCGAGGGGUUGUAGCAAGCCAGCUUUUGCAUGACCAACCAAAUAGAGGUGCCAUGAUGGCAGUUGGGAUGUCUGCCGAAGAGGUACAGCCCUACUUGGACGAAUUCCAGCCUAGACAGCUGGUCGUCGCGUGUAUCAACAGUCCAUCCAGCGUAACGAUAUCAGGCGAUAUACUUGCGAUUGAUGCGCUCGCACAAACACUGAAAGAUCAGCAGGUGUUCAGCCGACGCCUUGAAGUGGGUGUCGCUUAUCACUCUCCUCAUAUAGAGCAGGUUGCCGAGCAGUAUCACAGCCUGAUAGGCCAUAUCCAGCCUCGAGGACUAGAUCAGAUAGCAGAAGACAAGAGAGGAAAAUGGCCAUUGUUCUUUUCUUCGGUUACUGGAAAGAUGGCUCCUUUGCAAGAAUUGCAUGCCCGGUACUGGGUGUCUAACUUGGUCGGGCAGGUCAAAUUCGCCCAGUCCCUGAGGACUUUGUGUUUUGAGACAAAUAGUCAGCGUGGUGGGAAUACAGGAGCUUCCCGAAUAAGAAGGGCUGGGGCAGCCCAAAAGCCUUCUGUGGAUUGUCUCAUCGAGAUUGGUCCCCAUGCGGCACUUUCCGGGCCGAUCAAGCAAAUUCUCCAGGCUGAUGCGAAGCUCAACGCCGCCGAUAUAGCUUAUAUUAGCAUCCUCACGCGGAAGGCCAACGCAGUCACUACAGCUCUCGGCGCAGUUGCCACACUAGUAUCACUCAACUACCCCAUUAACUUUGGCACGAUCAACAGGCCUGCGGGAGCCAAGAAAGGUAGCACACCGCAGCUACUGACCAAUCUUCCAACCUAUGUCUGGAAUCACUCCAGGUCAUAUUGGACAGAGCCACGAUUGAGCAAGAUGUAUCGGAACCGAAUAUCGUCGCGGAUGGAUUUACUUGGUGCGCCCGACAACAUGGCAUGUCCAUUUGAGCCUCGCUGGAGAAAUUAUAUUCGAACCUCAGAGCUUCCUUGGCUUCUCGAUCACAAGAUUCAGGGGAACAUUGUUUUCCCUGCCGCAGGGUAUCUGGUAAUGGCAAUCGAAGCAUCAAUACAGUUAAACAAAGAAGAAAAGAUUGCUAGAUAUAUCCUGCGAGAUGUGGCAAUACAAUCAGCCCUGGUUCUCAGUGAAACUUCUGCUGUCGAGGUUAUGGUGUCCCUUCAGAAGUCGACACAAGACCAAGAACAUUUGUACAACUUUCAUAUAUACUCUAUCUCGGAGGAGAACAGGUGGAUUGAACAUUGCACUGGCUUGGUCGGGACACAAAAAGGUAUUGGUGUUUCAGGUGAUGGAGCCGAGGAAAGUGAUGGUUAUGCAACGGUCCCUUUGGGGACUGAAGUCCAUGGAGUAUCAGUGAUUGACGUCCGUGACUUUUAUGAGAAGCUUCAAAAUUCCGGGUUGGAAUACGGGCCAUGCUUUGCGAAUAUGACAAAAGCACGUGCGACCAAAGACGGGGCGUGCUUUGCAGAAGUCACUGUGCCAGAUACACUAUCCGUGAUGCCUGCAUCGUUUCAGCAUGAGCUUUUGGUUCAUCCAUGCACUUUGGAUAGUGUAUUCCAGACUAUUUUUGCAGCUUUACCCCCGGGUAUGGGGAUUGAGGAAGGACCUGCAAUUCCUGUCUCCAUCGAAGAGAUGGUUGUAUCAUCCCGUCUGAGCUGUUCCGCAGGAGAGCCCAUGAGUAUCUGUACUAACGUGCGCCCGAUGCCAAAUAAGGAUGUGAUCGCAUACAUAGUCGCGGUCAAUUGCAACGAGAAGCAGUUCAAAACCGAGCCAACUAUCUCACUUCGUGGCCUACGGUGUGCGCGACUCGAGCGUCAUGAACCGGCAUCGCAGACAAAAGAUAGCCGCAUAAUUUAUCAGAUUGACUGGGAGCCCGAUCCUAGCUUUUUGUCCAGCGAUAAUGCGUCAUUUAUAUUCACCGAGAAGAGUACUGUUCAAGAGCCCGCGCGACAGAAAGAGUACGAAGAGAUUGCAGCCAGCUUCAUCAGAGCAGCGCUGGAGAAAGUCAGCAAAACGGAAGCAAUGAAGCUGGACACUUCUCACCGCAGAUUCUGGUGUUACCUCCAAGAUGUGCUCGAACGACAUGAUGAUAAGCCCUCAAUAUCAUCAUCUCACUCGGAAAAUAUCCAUUCCAUCCCGAUGGGAAGGUUGCUCCCGGUCAUUGGCCAGAACCUUGUGGCUAUUAUUCGAAACCAAGUUGACUUUUCCACCGUCAUCAAAGACGAUCACCUUUUGGACGAGUUCUGGGAUAUAUUCUCAGCGGACACCUCGUAUCGAGCAGCUGCAAAGUAUGUCAAUUUGAUUGGCCACAGAAAGCCAGACAUAUCCAUCCUUGAAUUUGGCGUUGGCACAGGCCAGGUAGCGGAGAUAUUCCUCAAGCAUCUUGUGACGCUUAAUGAGACGCCCUAUUGCGGGAAAUAUACAUUUGCCCACGAAAGCGCUUCUGUGCUUGAGCAUACCUCGAAGCGGCUGGAGGCAUGGUCAGAAUGGGUCGAAUGCAAGCUCUUGGAUCUUGACAAAGAUUUUGCCGAACAAGGAUUUGAAAGGAAUUCCUUUGACAUCAUAAUCCUGGCUCACGGAUUGUGCACUGCACGUUGCGAGAAAAAUGCACUUAGCAAAGUCCAUGAUCUUUUGAGACCAUCUGGUUAUUUGAUUGCAAUCAAUCCCUUCCACCCAAAGAAAAAUGUGCUGAAAAACCUGUUGUUCAGUGCCUUGCACUCUUUGUCCGCAGACGAAUUCUGUUUGGGUCAGAGUGGUUGGACAGAUAGUCAAUGGGACGAGAUCCUGCAAGAUGCGCAUUUCACGGAGGUUGAUGCCUAUGCAGAUCAAGACACCGAGAAGAGCCAUCAGUUUAUCCUGGCCAAGAAAGGGAAAAUUCAUCAGUCGUCCAGAAAGGUUUCCAUCAUUUGUGGGGACAAAGCCGAAGCUAGACACCUAGUCAUUGAGCUCGAGAAUAUCUCAUGUGAGGUGAAUGUGACACAUGUCAAUAAUGUGGAGUGUAAGGAUCAGAUUUGUUUGGUCUUGGAUACUUCAAAGUCCUCCCUACUGGCCUCUGGAAAUGAAGUUACAUUCAGCAAGAUCAAAGAAAUGUUUACACAGAGUGGAGGAGUUCUCUGGAUCACAAGGGGAGGAACGAUUGAGUCCGUCAACCCAACCGCAGCCUUGGUGGUUGGAUUUGCAAGAACAGCGCGAGCCGAAUCAGGUGUCAAUCCGAUCGUCACCCUCGACCUGGAUGCUCAAAAUCCUCUCUCUGAAUCCCAAGCCGCCGACAUUAUUGCAAAAGUUCUGGUUACCCGAUUCCUCCGUGAAAGUCCAGAUGAAGAUACGGAGUAUGCGGAGAGAAAUGGGCAAAUCCUGGUUCCACGAGUACUAGAGAAUCCGAAGGCAAACAAGACGAUGAACAGCAUUAAUGAUACAGAAGCUAUAUCCGAGCAGCAUUUCCAUAACCUCCAGCAACCUCUCCGUCUUUCCAGGAAAUUCGAUAACCCCGGGUUCGUUGGUGAUUCGCAGGUGACAGACCUCCCAGACGGCUAUGUUGGAAUCAAGGUACUGUCCUUUGGCCUGAAUAAAUGGGAUGUUCAGCCAGACUAUCUCGAUUGGGAAACAGACGACACCCUCGGUAUGGAGUGCAGCGGCAUAGUAUACAACGUGGGUGCUGGCGUUCACGACAUCACCGUAGGCGACCGGGUUGCCUGCUUUGGGACUGGGACGGCGAAAAGCUUUUAUCACGAUCGGGCAUCAGCUUUCCAGAGGAUCAAUGGCGAGAUGUCGUUACAGAUGGCUUCGGCUUUGCCUCUAGCAUAUACCGUUGCUUAUUAUGUUGUGAACCACCUGUCAAUGGUCGAGUCGAAUGAUGCCGUUCUCGUCCAUGAUGCCGGAAGUCAUUUCGGCCAAGCACUUUUGGAAGUGUACUUGCUGACGGAUGCUCGGAUUUUUGCGACGGUGUACAGCCCGAACGAAAAAGACUUGCUCAGCUCGAGGUUCGGGAUAGCCCGAGAGCAUAUCUUCAUGAGCGGGAAGGACGAUGUAGCCAAGGGCGUGUUACGGUUGACUGAGGGCAAGAAAGCAAACGUAGUAGUCGCAUUCGAGACUGCAGAGGAAAGGAUUCUGCAGAACAGCACUGCGCCAUUCGGUCGGUUAAUCCAACUCCGAACAAGCAACCUCAAGACUCGAUUGUUGUCAUGCCCCCAGAACAUCUCCCUGUCUACGGUCAAUAUAUUUGAGCUCAAGAGGGAGAGGACGAACCUCGUCAAUCAGAUAUGGCCAAAGGUCUUUCGGUUGUUCCUCGAAAGAAGACUCAAAGGGCCUGGCUUUACUGAUGUAUAUCAUGUUUCAAAAAUCCAAGAAGCAAUAAUGGCAAUACAAACCAAGCAGCAUGUUGUGGUUCAGGUGGAAGAUAGUGAUGUUGUGACGGCCACGCUUCCUAGAGCUACGCAGCCAUUGUUCCAAGCAGACGCGUCCUACAUGCUGGUUGGUGGGCUUGGUGGAAUUGGGAGGGAAGUAGCCUUGUGGAUGGCGCAAAACGGAGCAAAGAGCCUGAUUUUCGUAAAUCGAAGCGGGCUUUCGAAAUAUGAGUCUCAGAUGACAGUGAGGAACCUGGUGGAGAAAGGUGCCCAGAUAACCACCCGAGCUUGUGACAUAUCCGACGAGACUGCAGUUCAACGAAUGCUUCAGGAUCUGUCUUAUAGCGUGCCUCCAAUACGGGGGCUGAUCCAGGCAGCCAUGGUCCUCAAGGAUGUCCACAUUGAAAACAUGAGGUUGGACGAGUAUCGAGAUGUCAUGGGCCCGAAGUAUCAUGGCACCUGGAAUUUGCACCGCCACCUCCCCGCGGAUCUUGAUUUCUUCUUGAUGUUAUCGUCUAUCAGCGGCGUUAUUGGGAACGCAACACAGGCUGCCUAUGCCUCUGGCUGCACUUUCAUGGACGCAUUCGCAGCUUAUCGGAGAAGUCUGGGUCUUCCAGCAGUGUCUUUGGAUCUUGGAACAAUCACAGACGUUGGCUAUCUGACUGAAAACAGGGAUUUAGCGACAAAGAUGGAACGGCAAGGAUUCCAGGGCACUGACACACCAACACUUUUAUCCCUGAUACAAGUUGCAGUCUCUCAUUCGACGGGCGGAGCAGCACAACUGGUAACUGGUCUCGGCCAAUGGAAAGAAAUGGAAUCACUCGGGAACUUCGACGCACCUUUGUUCGCCCAUUUCCGGUACAAGUUUCAGGGUCAUGGAAGAUCCACUGCGCUCGGCGACUCGAUGGAAGGAUUGAAGGUUGAACUUGAUGCUGCAAAAACGGUGGAUCAAGCCACCAUAAUAAUCUGCGACGCUCUCAGCAGAAAGAUUGCCUCCCAUCUCUCUAUCCCGGUUGAAAACAUCAAUCAUUCCAAUCCAGUUUCUGAGUAUGGAGUUGACUCACAUGUGGCCGUGGAGCUGCGCAACUGGGUAUCAAGAUCCAUGAAUUGCACUAUCCCCAUUUUAGAAAUUCUAGCAAGGUCUAUGUUGGAGUUGUCUCAUAAAAUUGCCAGCCAAAGACUCGAGGGCAAGUCGGAAUGA